GGGCGAUUGGCAGGCAAUUGAUAUUAGAAAGAAAUUCUGUUAACGUUCUAGCUACGCGAUAGUCGGUGUAAAUGCGUACCUACCAGGUAGGUAGGUAGACUAGCUUGGUUCGUGAAGCCAAUCAUCAUAACGGCUGAGAACAUGAACUGGAGGCAUUGUUGAAUUCAACAACAGCAAAAAGCUGUUAAGAGCAGCUGUAUAGCGGAACGCGUUGCAUUGGCCUUGAAUUCGUGCGGAGCAGGGCCGGCAAAGUGCCCAAUUAUGGUAAUCGCAGGCCGAGAGGAUGGAGACAUUGCGAGAUGAUGGAUACGACCUUUAUUGACAAAACCUAUCUCAAUGGGUAACGUGUUGCGCGUGUUUGUCCACCAGUGAUAGCCUAAGUAGAUGUGAGGCCAAUAUAAAAGGUGUUCAACGAUCAUCACCAGUGACGAAACUCAAGCUGAUACCAUCGAUUCUUGCCAUUGUAAAGAUGAAGAGUCGGAUCGUAAACCGUCCCAUCUCGGCGGGCGCAUUCGCCCUGUUAGUCGGCAAUGCACUGGCAGCCGGUAGCGGCGAGUUCAGCGUCCUGACUAUGAAUGUCGCAGGCUUGCCGGACUUCCUCAACAAUAACGAGGUUCCGGGAGACAAGGCUACUAACUCAGGGCUGAUAGGCACGAAGCUCGCGCAGUACGAUUAUGACAUAAUUCACGUACAAGAGGAUUUCAACUAUCACGCCUACCUCUACGACAAGGAUACGCACCCUUAUCGCACGGCUACUUCGGGCGGUGUACCCUUCGGCUCUGGGCUUAAUACCUUGUCCAACUUCGACUGGAUUGACUAUGAGCGCGUCAAAUGGGAAACAUGCAGCAUUGGCUCAGGCGAUUGUUUGACGCCCAAGGGUUUUACUUUUAUGCGUGCCGCCCUUGACGAUGGCGUUUAUGUCGACGUAUACAAUCUUCACACCGAUGCGGGUACCGAAGACGGCGAUAUAACGGCACGUGCCGCAAAUCUCAAGCAGGUGGCGGACGCUAUUGAUGCUCGCAGCUCUGGCAACGCUGUGCUCGUAUAUGGCGACACCAACAGCCGCUAUACCCGGACGGGUGACGGUAUCCGCAUCUUCUCUGAGCAGAAUGGGCUUCAGGACACUUGGGUUGAACUCGUGCACGGUGGCAACAUCCCGAAUGUCGAGACCGUUUGUAAUAACCCAAGCACCACCAACGAGUGCGAGACAGUCGACAAGGUCUUCUACCGCGGCAGCGCGCUGCUCAAACUGAGCGCCACAUAUUGGAACUACGAGAGCACCAAAUUCUUGCAGUCUGACGGCAGUAUCCUGUCAGACCAUAAUCCAAUCACUGUGAAUUUCACCUGGUCAGCAGGAUCGAAUCUGCGGCAAUCUGGAUUCUGGGGUGGCCCGCACGGUACUUGGUUUAGCGAUGUCACAUCACUCUCUGGAAAGACGUCACCAAAAGUCAGUGCGCUCACCUUCCGGGGUGCGGACAGGCUGGAUAGUGUGGGCCUGAAGUUGACCGACGGCACGACAUUCACGCACGGAGGUGAUGGUGGCAAUGUUGCGACGUUGGCGCUCAAUGCCAACGAAUAUUGGACUAGCGCUCAACUAUGUCAGGGCCAGAAGAGUAGCCAGACGCGCAACUUCUAUAUCAAGGCAACGACAAGUACCGGUCGGACUCUGGAGGCCGGAAAGUCUACUUCGGAUUGCUCGACUUUCACGGCGCCGGACGGGUGGGGUAUCGUCGGUUUCCUAGGCCAGAGCGGCGAUGAGAUAGAUCAGCUAGCGUUCGUGUAUGCGCCGCAGUAGAUUGAAGAUAUUCUACCGCGAUGGUAAAUCCGUUUAUUAAUUGUAAUAAUACGCUAAUAUAAAAUCUAUCUUAUUACUGGUAGACUUGACGAAGUAAGGAAAGGGGGUUUGAUUGUCGACUAUUUGCCGAGCUAAUCUAGAUUCUCCGACUACGUAGAAUUUGCAUCAUGCUGUUGUAGUCAACUAGCCUGAAUUGCAGCUUAUCUUCUAUACCUCCACGUCUUGAGAUUUCUAACGUGAAUGAGAGAGGAUCGGCGUUGCACAUGGACCUAGUGUUAAGAUACCAGAUCGCUAGGUCCUAGUUGUGGAGCGGUUACA